ACGAAAGGGAGAGACGAGGACGGACGUGGAGGGAGGUCGCGGGAGAGCAGUUCGCUAUUGUGUAGGUGGGGACGGAGUUUCCCUGCCGCGCCGCAGAAGCAACCGAGAACAGUUCUUGGUCCCCGACCGGCCUGCGUGUAAGCCAGAAGACGAGAAGGAGAGAGAAAGGACGCGAACGUGCGAGCGAGACACAGACAAGAGCGUGAUCAGAGAGGGAGAGUUAGAAAGGGCGAGAGAGAGAGAGAGACACACAGGGAAAAGGGAGCAGCUCGUGGCGUGUCCUCGCGUGCUUGUGGUGUCGCGUCUCAAACGCAGCCAUUACGGCAGAACCGCUCUCGGUGACGCUCGGUAACGUCGUGCGUAGUGUCGCGAACGCGUGGCCCGUUGUUGUCGAACGCGUGAAUACAAUACGGGUGUAUACGUACCGGAGCGCACGUGUGCGAGUCCGAGGGAAAUUAACGACGCCGCCGCGAGGGGUUGGUUGAGAGUCCGGUGUUACGCGAAACGAGGAAGCGCGGAAGCUGCCGAACGCGCACGACGUCCGUGGAAGCAGCGCUUCACGGAGGACCUGUACAAUACGAAUUCGGUUUGUGACCAGAGCGCACAUCGGUUUGCAAUCCUCGAAGGAGAAACGAUUUAUACGCGCGUGUGCGUGAGCUUCUGUGGUAGAUAAAUAAGAAUUUCAGGAAGAGGGUAAGACUACAGGCCGCCAUCAUGUUUGACGUGUUCGGUUCCGUGAAGGGGUUGCUGAAGCUCGACUCGGUGUGCAUCGACAACAAUGUGUUCCGGCUGCAUUACAAGGCCACGGUGAUCCUCCUGAUCAUCUUCUCCCUUCUGGUGACGUCCCGGCAAUACAUCGGCGAUCCGAUCGACUGCAUCGUCGAUGAGAUUCCACUUCACGUGAUGGACACCUACUGCUGGAUCUAUUCGACCUUCACGAUCCCGGAACGAACCGGCAUCGUCGGUAAGGACAUGGUGCAACCCGGGGUGGCUGCUCACAUCGAAGGCGAGGACGAGAUCAAGUACCACAAGUACUACCAGUGGGUCUGCUUCACCCUCUUCUUCCAAGCGAUCCUCUUCUACAUUCCGCGUUACCUGUGGAAGACAUGGGAGGGCGGUAGAGUCAAGAUGCUGGUGCUGGACCUCAACUGUCCGGUGGUGAGCGAGGACUGCAAAAGCGACCGGCGUAAACUCCUGGUCGACUACUUUACUACGAACCUACACUCGCAGAAUUUCUACGCUUACCGCUUUUUCCUAUGCGAGCUCUUGAACUUCAUCAACGUCCUCGGCCAGAUCUUCUUCAUAGACUUCUUCCUGGACGGCGAGUUCACCACUUAUGGCUCCGACGUCAUCAGAUUCACCGAGAUGGAGCCCGAGGAGCGUAUAGACCCCAUGUCCCGGGUCUUCCCGAAGGUGACCAAGUGCACAUUCCACAAAUAUGGUGCGUCCGGUACGGUGCAGAAGUUCGACGGUCUCUGCGUGCUGCCACUCAACAUCGUCAACGAGAAGAUCUACGUGUUCCUCUGGUUCUGGUUCAUCAUCCUGUCAAUCCUGAGCGGUCUCAGCCUCCUCUAUCGUAUCGCGGUUAUAUUCGCCUCUGCGCUCCGGAUGGUGCUCUUGCGAGCUCGUUCACGUCUCUCGCCCCAGGAUCAGAUCAAGUCCAUCAGCGACAAGUGCCAGAUAGGUGACUGGUUCGUCCUCUACCAGCUUGGCAAGAACAUCGACCCGCUUGUCUACAAGCAGCUCAUCGCCGACCUAGCAAUCAAACUUCAGGGAAAGGAGAACGUUUAAUCGCACGAUCGGAUCGUGCCGGCUCGGGAAAAGGACUUCUUCGGGGAGAAGUCCUCCGAAGGAUCCCUUUACUCUGCCAGAGCAAAAUGACUGACUUGCUCGUGAGAGAGCAGUUACAGCGAACGGUAGGACCAGUCUCCAGAUUUAGGGACCAGGAGUGAAAUAAAGGAAGGAGCUCGAAUUACCGAUUAUCGCUAGGAUGCUAGAAAGACGAGGAUUUUCCAAGAAUUUACCAUCUCUUAGGCCGAAUUGCACCGCCGGUUUGGUCCAUCGUACUUCGGAUUAAUAUAAUUCGCCAUCUUUUUUUCUAUAGUACAUUUUAUACAUAUAAUAUGGAUAAAAAAGAGAGAAAGAGAGAGAGAGAGAGAGGGGAAGAUCUCGAGCUAAUCGGACAUUUUAGUUUUACCUUAAUUAAUUCUUAGAUUCUCGAAUUAUAUUCAAGGAUAUAUCCUGAAUCAUAAUUCGAUUUACGUUAAUUAUCGGAUUAAUAAUUUAUAUAAACCUCCCCCUGCGCUUUAGAAUUCAUACGUCGGUAAAGAAGUGAGAUUUAGUCAAUCGUGGUUAAUCGGGAAUAAUAAAAAGUUUACUUUCUCUUAAUUGUAGCUAGAUAAUUCAUCAUUAAUUUUAUUAUUAACGUAGUUUAAGUUCGGCUUUCUUUGCCUGUGCGAAUUUUCAAUUCUUACUCCGAAACGAGAGACAAAGAGAGAGACGGAGAAGAACAAUGUAACAUUUUACACACGUCGGUGCAAUUGGGCCUCGGUAGGUGGGUUCUUUUUUUUCUUCUCUCUUAUGAACCAAGACCUUUGCGUCUCGCCGCGUCUCUCUCUUUCGCGCGAGUGCAUUUUACAUGCUUGCACUCGACGGUGUUAGGUUUACGGUCGAGACAAAGCGUGCUGAUUCGCCGCCUUCUUUCUUCUUCGGCUUCGCGUCGAAGUCUCUCUCUCCUCGUCUUCGAGGAUCCUUUCACAUCGAGGCGGCAGCCAAGUUUCCCAUCGAUUUUACAUCCGCCUAUUCCGCUCGUUUCUAUUCGCUUCCUACAUUUUUUUUACAUCUCGUUUACACGCUCCUAGAUUUUCUCGCACCAAGUUUUCACUCUUCCAUCGAACUCUUAUCUAACGUUUGCCGCUUUAAUCUUCGCAAUUUUGCGUAUUUCGCUAUACGCGUGCGAUGAGUGGAAAUGUCAUGUUUUUUUCUUUUAGUAAAACAAGUUUCUUUUCGUGCAUAUAUAUGCUUACGAGGCAGGUCGUUUAUGACAUCGACUGGCAAGUUUAGUUAAUAAUAAUUUUCACUAAUUGAGAGCUUAAGAAAAAGUUCCUUCAUUCUUUUAGUUUCCUUUCGUCGAAUUAAUUCGGAAAAAAAGAGAGCCAGAUUGUCAUCCCGCGUGCGCGAGUUUUUAUUCAACAUGUAUGUGUUCUCUGCGGCAAAGUGUACAUAAAGCUGCAAUAAAGUUUGCGGAUAAAGCCUCUCAUCAUGAACAACAUCCUACGGGCGUGUAUACAUAUACAUAUGCGUGCAAGCGGAGAAUAAAAAAUCCCGGUCUUCCGCGAAGCGCUUCACCAACCUCUGCCGCGCUUGCAUUCCUACGAAGCCACGAACGUGUACGUACAUACGUCUUCGUUCGUUUGUUCGCGAUGGAACGACCUGCCUCGCAAAAAGUUACACGAGAAAAUCUAGGAGAGCGAAACGCGUGCGGGAGUUUUAUCGAGUUCCGCGUUUCCUUUCUCUCGGAGUAUUUAUUUGAGUUUUACACCACAUCGUGAGAAAAAAUCCUUCGAUAAAAACGAGAAGAGAGAGAAGAAAAAAAGAGAGAUGGAGAGAGAGAGAGAGAGAAGAAGCACCUGUGAAAGAGCUUAAAAAGAGCGCGAGGUCCUCCCGGCACUCUCGGAAACCUUCGUUCGUUUAGAGACUUGGAUAAAGCGUGUGAUAAAGCGAGGAACGGCGUGUUAUCUUUAUUUUUGUUUUAUUUUUCUCACUUUAUUUUGUGCUUUAUUUCUUUCGGUUUACGAAACCUGAAAAUACAUCUCAAGGACAGAAAGAGAUAUCUGUAGAAUGGUUCUUGAUAUAUUUAAUUUAUUUAACCGCAGAGAAAGAUCUAUUUGUAUUUGUGAAGAGCUCGCGUGUGUUACUUAUCGUAAAAGAUUUAUUUGACUUUAUUCAAUUAUACGAACUCGUAACUUUUUUGUACAUCUCUCUCAUUUAUGGUAUAAUUCUAUAUAUGUUUUUUCAUCAAUCGCGCCGUUUCCCGCAAACCCUAACUUUUGGUUUCUUCACUACUACUGGCUAUCGAUUAUGUAACUUUUUCUUAAGUGAAAAGUUACAUAAUCGAUACCCCGUUUGAUCUUUCUUAUAUAUUUUAGAAGUGUAUCGUAGGAAUAGGUAUGUAUAUUGUAGGCAUAGUAGAGAACAAAAAAUUUUCAAUUGUACAUGAUAUGAGCUUAGAGAGCGAGAGAGAGAGAGAGAGAGAGAGAGAGAAUGAGAAAGAACGCAAAGGAAUAACAAAGAGAAGAAAGGGGAGAGCUUUGUGUGUAUGUAUGUAUGUGUGUAGAUAGAUAUUAACGCGCGUCCGUCUUCCUCUUAUUUCAUCAUUCCAUGCCCUAAAAGACAUGCAAGCACAAUUUUCUAUGCGAGGAACUGAAACUACGUCGCAAUUAGAUUACAAUUGUUGCGCUCUAUCUUGCGUCAGUCUUUUUUUUUUUUUUUUUUUUUUUUUUUAAAUAUAUAUAUAACAUAAUAUAUAUAUAUACAUAAGAUUAAUGUAUCGAGGGAUCAAGUGUGUUGUACUAAGAAUAUUACACAUGCGAUAUUCUUCGUCAAUUAUUUUUUACGAUAGAAAUUUACAAUGUAAAAGUGAUGUAUCGAGGGACCAAGCUGGAAUAGCUAUGUUACGAGCAUUCCUCAAAUUUAUCAUCUCGAUUUUUGCUUUCAUGAUACAUAUAAGACUAGAACGAUCACAUGAGAGCGUAUAAGAAUCGGCAAUUAUAAUAAAUAUUAGUAAUAUUGCGACGUUCCAACAUUGUCGCGUACAUAUCUCUAGGUGUAAAAUAAAAAAAAAAACAUUGAAAUUAUUAUAUCUAAAUACAAUUUCGCGAAUGAUAAGAAUUAUUGUUGGACUACAUUUGUCCAUCGACAUCACGUUUGAGGUGAUAGUUUAGAUACGUAAAGAAAUAAAUAAAUGAGAGGAGCGUUAUUUUUUUAUCGUUCGUAUAUUCUAUACAUAGCUCUUCUUUACGCGAAAUGUUUUUUUUUUAAUCCCGUUGACGUGUACGCAUGUGUCUGGAAUACUUAAUAUCGUAUUCCGAUCAGAGUACGUUGACUCGCUUGUAUUAUUCGAUAGAAGCCGAAAUCAGGUUUUGUAAUACCGUUUUCAGCGAUACCUUUCGCGAAGAAGUCCACGUAGGAGAGACACGUCAACGCUGAUUUCAUGCUAAAGAUGAUUGUCAAAGUUUUAUCAAGAUAGCAAUAACGAGAUAACAGAUGAUUGUAAAGGGCUAAACAUUUACGAUGCGGUACUAGUGUGUUCAAAUUGUACAAUGCUAACAAUAAGAGCUCGUGCGAUUAUAUUCACUAUGAUAUACAUGGAGUAUAUUUAUAUAUGGAUACAAUCGCGGCCUCGACAAUACAAUAUUUCGUAUCUUAUCUUAAUCCUAUGUAUAAAUACAAAAUUGUAUGCGCGAAAAUGAAACAUCACAAUUCCUCGAUAUCUUUUUAUCAAAGAGUUAUAAUAAAAAUUUAAUAAAGAUUUAUUUAUAUAUAUAUAAAAACGAUUAGAAUGAAUUUAAAAAAGGAUUUCGAAGAUUUUCUGUUUUGUGAAAACUGUCUAAUCUGAUAUUAGCGUGUCAGCGUGAAUUUCACGAUACGUGAAUGCAGAUAUUCUCCGACAUAUCUCUCUCUCAUGACAUUGUGACGUGUCCUGGCUCGAACGCGUAUAAACACGCCUUUCGCGACGAACGUGUAUGGAGCAUACGAAUGAAUAGUUGUAGCGCUAUAUAAAUAGGGAUUUAUUAAAGAGA